UGCUUUUUUUUUUAAACAGACACUUUGUGCAAAGGCUACAAUGCAAACUAUCCGGGCUGCUGACACUAAUGAAGUAGUCAAACUAAUAUUCCGCGAAUCUGAUAAUGACCGAAAGGUUAUGCUACAGUUAGAAAAGAAACUCUUUGACUAUUUUAAUCAAGAUGUUUUUAGAGAUAACAAUGGCACUGCGCUUUUGGAAUUUGACAAAGAGCUGUCAGUUUUUAAAGACAAAUUGUAUGAACUGGACAUUUCAUUUCCUCCCAGCUAUCCAUAUAGUGAAGAUUGUAGCCAGGGAAUGCAAUAUAUGAACACUAGAUGUCCAGCUUGGUGUGACAGAAUUCUUAUGUCACAUUCUGCCAAAGAACUCAUUUUGAAGUCAGAAAAUGAUGAACGGCAAGUGGUGUAUGACCACAUUGGACCAAACGUCUGCAUGGGGGACCACAAGCCCGUGUUCCUGUCCUUUCGAAUAGCCGCUGGGGCAGGUAAACCUAUUGCCAAUAUGCACAAGUGUUGUGUCGUGCAGUGACGUGGUGG